GAUAAAAGAUAAAUUAUCUAUUUGAGCCAAUUAACUCCCCCCCCCCCUUUUCGGGUUUGAUAAGGAAAAGUAAUUUUAAUAAUUAUUUCUUUUCAUUUUUGUUACGUUAAAAAUAUUUCCUUAGAAGAUUCCUAAAUUUGUUCAACUAUAAAAGUUACGAACAUUUGUUAGGUGGAUAUUUCUUCUCAAAGUUCCCUAGAACAGCACAAGCCAUGCUUAUUUUCGUACUAGCGGCUGUUUUGGCUUUCGCUAAUGCUGGUAACUACAAUAAGUUAAAACAAGUAGUAAAACAAUAAUUUAAACAAGUUUCCAGAACAACUUACGUUUUAGGUCUACAUUUUAGGUCUAAACCUGUGGGUCGCGACCCCUUUUGGAAAUCAAACAAACCUUUCCCAGGGGUCACCUAGCCCAUCCAAAACACCUUUUUUUUUAUUUAUAAUUAAGUUUUAAUUUAAUUUAUAAAAUCAAAAUGUUAAUGCCCUCGGCAUUCAAGAAGAUUUUUUUUAAAAAAAGGUUAAAAUGAAUGAGAUAUUUAACCAAAGGGAUUGUCAAAUAGUGAAUCAUUUGCACCAAAGAGAUUGUAAAUUAAUACUUUGUUAUAAAUCACAUUAUCAAAUCAAAAUGUAUAUCGAUCAUAUUUAAAAGUUUGAAAAUGCCUUGUUUAUAUCGAGCACAAGAUUUGAUUAUUGUAUAUUCAUCGACAUCCGCAUCAAAAAUGGAUAUUUGUGACCUCUUUUUACAGCCCCAAGAACAUGUCAUGGGGACAUCACGCAACUCCACCCAACUGGGAGACUAGCUGGAGGUAAGAAUGCAAGAAGAACACAUGCUGUUCAGCUUAUUUCUAUUGUGUCUGUAAACUAAAUAGUAUUUACCCCGAUGGAAUGACUACAUAGGCACUAAGCCACUUGCUGUUCGCUAAAUAAACAAAAUCUAGGUGAUUCUUCUGUGGAGGAGCUCUUUAGUUCAGACGCUGCCUAUAGAUUUUAGUAGAAUUAAUUGUACAGAUAAAUAUUUCAUUAAAAAAAGUUAUGUUUCCCACCCCCCCCCCCCCCCUUAAAAAACAAAAACAUAAUUAUGUGCGUGGGCAAGCCCUUUUUUUCAAAUCAUCACUUUUCCAUCAAGUCAUGUUCUUUAUUAUCUUGUCAAAAUUAACAUUUGUUUAUUUUACAAAGGUGUAGCAGCUUCUAACGCUCUCGUUCAACAUGAUCUACCAGCUCUGCUAGGACAUAGAGACUGUUACCAGUCAGUAGCUGACAAACAUUGUAAGAGUUGAAUGGUUCGGAUGGAUGGAAAUGUAGUUUUGAUUAUAUUCUAAGGGCUAUAAGACAUUUUUUAGUUUUUGUUUUUCAUUUACUUAGUGAAGAAAUAUUUGCUCAUUAAAUGUGGAUCUCAAUAAAAAAUCAAGUUAAAAAUUUUGACAAAACAUUAAAUUUAAGUUUCCAGAAAUCUCCAUUUCCCCCAAUUAUUUCCUAGCUUCUACUUUUUAAAACGACGCCGUCAUUUUUUCAGGCAUUCAAGCAUCUGUAAUUGCCGCCCUAGCAAGCAGAGAGUCUAACGGUGGAACUGCUCUUACCAAUGGUUAUGGUGAUAAUGGCAAAGCAUGGGGUAUCCUGCAGGUAAGCUAUAUCUAAGUAUCAAGCAGGUGAGAUAUAUAAAGAAUUAGGAACGUUUUACACCAUUGUCCUUUUUGAGAAAUGAUUAUCCAAUUAAUUUUUUCUCACAUAAAUUUAAACUCCCUUUUAUGAAAACUGUAAGAAUUCCAAACAAUUUACAAAAAUUAUAGGACACACUUUGAGCUUUAUUAUUCUAAUAAAUUGAGAAAUUUUUUUAUUCACUUUCGAUGUGUAGUGUGACCUUACUCACUCUGGUCUCCCCUGCACUACAGUUGCAUGGAACAGUUGUGCUCAUAUCGAGAUGAUGAUCAGCAGAAAAUUGAUACCGGACAUUGAAUUGGUGAGAUUAAUCAAACGUAAAAAAAAAAAAUUGGGGAUGGAAGUUGAAACUUAUAAUGCAUAUCCUAUAUUAUAUAUUAUAUUGUUACUAAUUUGGUUUGAUGAUGAAAUAAUGCAAUAGAAUCCAUUACACCUGGAAGCGUUUAGUACACCGAAAUUAAUCUAUGAAGUUGCUUAUAUUUGAAAGUAACACACGUUCAAUGGUAAUGGAGAACGCUGGAAAGCUGCAACCGUGAAAUGCUGUUGACACAAACCUUUGAAAAAUUUACGUAUGAAUCUUUAAAACUUAAUUAAACACAUUUUCUAACCAAUUGAUCAUGAACAAAGUUUAUUAAGUUCUUUAUUUCAUCACUUUUCAGGUCCUCGGUAGACAUACUACAUGGUCUGCCUCACAAGCCCUACAAGGUAGACGUUUUACUCUAUCAAAUUAAAUGCAAUUAUACGAUCUGACAUGAUUAUUCUUUGACACCACAAGGUAAAAUUUAAAAAUUAUAUUCUAUUACAGGUGGUGUGGCCGCGUAUAACUUUGGUGUUGGAAAUGUGCAAACAUGGGGUGGUAUUGAUGUAGGCACAACACAAGGUGAUUACAGUAACGACGUCAUCGCCAGAGCCAAAUGGCUUUACGCAAAUGGAUGGAACUAAACAUAUAGGAAACAUUUAUGAAGGAUUCCUUACUUCUAAACCGAUAAAUUGACAUUAAAAAGAUAUUUUGAGAAAUAUAAAGAUGGUUUGCAUAUAUUGUCCAUAGCUUGCAAUCAUUUUUUACCUACUUCUACUUCUCCACCGAUUAUAACAGUUUUAAAUUUUGACCUGGGUUGCCCCACUUCCUUUUACACAAAAAAUAUCAAAAGACAUUUCGUGCAAACAAUUUGUUAACGACUUCCCUAGGAGAAAAAUAUAGAGAGUGACAAAGUUAAAAAUUUAGGAGGUGGUAAGAGAAUGAUAUAAAGAUUUUCAAACGCGUUACUAAUUUUUCAAUGGAAUUGUCCCAACAAAAUCACCUGCACAUAUGUCCACAACUGUAUUUCAUCACUGGUCAAUACGAAGGCAGAUAAAAAUGAAGCCCACAGACGGAUUUUUUGUGCAAUCGAUAGUAUUUCAAUUUAUUUCUUUUCGCUAAAUUUCUUAGCUAAGAAUACAUUCGAGGCUUCUUCUCGACGAAAUCAUCAUAAAAUUCUAUAAGUAAUUUCCUAUAAAGGCGAUUAAGUGUCCUAUGUUCAAUCAUAGAUGUGACGGGGUGUCAAAUUCAAAUUAUCGGGGUGCGCAUUCGACGAAAAAGCGAUUACAAAUUCAAUAAAGUACUACUGUUACAAUCUGAUCAUCCUUGAUUAAUAACAAAUAAAACCAUUAAGGUUUCAGAACUAGGCUUUACUUUCUUCCUUCUCCUUGUUUGAAGUGACCUGAUAGCACUUCUUUCUACACAGCUGAGCAACAUUUAUCUUAAAUGAGGAAGUAUAGGCCCUCAGUAUAGCUUGACCUUGACAUUUGACUUGUUAAAACGUAGAGGAAGAAAGCUUUUCACACAGUACACGAACAACUGGAAAUCUCGAGAAAGGUUUUCGGUUUUCCAUUCACCUUGAUGAGCUCCAUAUUUUUUUAAUAAUGUCCGUCAUAAUGUGACGAUGGUGUGGGUUUCGGAGGUCAAAAUCCAUAAGGAUUUCAAUCAGUAUCGUCCGAUUGCUAAGAUUCCUUAACAUUUACAAGUGACGUCGCAGGAGUUAUCGGAAUGUUUCAUUGUACUUCGGGAUUACAUAUCCGGUUUGAUUUGAACUGUCAUGCGCUGUCAUCGAGGGUUAACGGGUCCCGUCCUCCCUUGGUGCUGCUGAUGUUUUUGCUUGACUGACUGGAAUUGAACACCAGAACACCAACUUGAGAUUUGAUCAGUUCCAAAUUUGAGAUUAGCUCAGUUAAGACCACUCGGCCACUCAGCAGCGAUAUGAAGCGCA